CCACGCACCGCUUCCCCCUCCCUGAUGUGAGGGGUCGAGAGCGCAGCGCCACAGGCGCAGUGCUGGUCCGACCAUGGCAGCGCACGGGUCCCCAGCGACAGAAGUUGACGUCGUAACAGCGGCCUUGAAGGAGAUCGCGGCAAGGCGAGGCGUCACAAGGCCUAGGUUUAGUAUUGAGCAGGGAUCUGGUGCUGGGGAUGGCUACGUCGGUGAUAUGAUCCGAGCCAGUAUUGAGGACGAAGAUGAUGUUCAACCUCGGUUAAGUGUUGUGUGCAAGACAUCUGCUUUGGGCGUGGGUGAAAUUGUUCGACAAAUUUUUGCGGCUGAAGCAUCUAUAUAUCAGGUAGUGAUGCCUGCCAUAGAGGAAGCUACAACGAUGAGUGCACCACUACCAUGGCCAAGGUGCUUACUAGCCGUGGUUGGCGGUCCUCAGGAUUGUGUCGUGCUUGAAGAUCUGAAGGAGCAGGGCUUCGUCACGCGCGAUCGCAAGGAGCCCUUGGACGCAGCCUCUGCUCACCUCGUUCUGAAGCAGCUCGGCAAACUGCAUGGCGGCAGUAUGGCACUAGAAGUAACGCGCCCCGACGAAUUCAGGGCAAUGAAGGACGCCGUACCCAACCCAUACGCUGCCCCAGCAUUCAGACAUACGAUGAUGCCAAUCGUUGAGGCCUGCCUUGAAACACCAGGACACUGGUGCCGUGACAGACUGUCGCCUCAUUGACUUCGCCAACACAUACUACGGUGCUGCCACGCUGGAUAUCCUGACGUACCUCUUGGUCUGUACUGACAAGGAGCUUCGUGGAGCGCAUUGGGACUCUCUACUGAAGAGCUAUCACAGCCAGGUGCAGGACACGCUACGAGCUGCAGGUGUUAAGGAUCCUGACAAAGUCUUCUCCUGGAACCGAUUUCAGGAGCAGCUUCGACUUACAUCAUUUUAUGGGCUCUGCAUGACACCGUUCCUUCUACACUGCAUGCACGCCGAAGGUGAAACCAUACAAGAACUCAAGGAUGUGUUUACGUGCCCUAUGGACAAGCAACAGGAGUACACUUAUGUCUGAGAAGUAUGCCGUCGGUUUAAAAUUUUCUUCUAAGCAGAAGAGUGGGCUUAUUUUAUGGUGGCACAUCAUUAAUAAAAUGUGUACACUCCCAUGCAAAAAAAUACGUUUAUUUUGUUGUUUUGUUGUACUUCACAAGCCGCGUCCGUUCUAUCAGUGAUUAUAGCGAAAUCAUUGCGGACACGUUCGGAGUUAUUUCAGAGUAUGACUGGAAGUAUAUUUAACUUCUUCUGGGUUUAGUCUUAAAUAUCUUUUCAUAGGUGUGUUAUUGGAUCUAUAAACUAACAUCAAAAACUAAGAAGGGAUUUGGCAUAACUUUGCAAGUAUUCUACAAACUGCGGCACACACAGCCAAAGAUGUUCAGCGUAUGAAAAGAAUGCUUCGUUUGUUGAGUUUUGAUUACGAAGUAGACAGCAAAGGUACCUGCCAAAAAAUGGUUCAUAGCGAGCCGCCACUCAAACGGGCCGAAGGCCCGUUUUCCGAUCGAAGCUUAACACUAGAAGAACCGGGAUUUUCGUAUACCUAGAAGGACCGGAGGGGUCAUUUUGACCCCUCUACGAUUGUUGGCUGUUUUCAUGGCUUCGAGGCUCCCGUUUAAUCGCACAUUAUUAAGGUUUUGUGUGUUUCAAGGUACCUGAUGCCAUGACGUGACAUUGGUUGGGUUUAAAGUGCGUUUAGGUAGGCAACCCGCACGACAGAAAACAUUUUUUUUUGCAAUUUUACAGCUAUUUCUGGCAAUUGUUCGCACUAUUUUAGACAUUUUUAAACUUCAAAAUUAAUAUCUGACUUAGUACUCAUUUAUAAGUACGUAAUCUUCGGAACACAUAAGUACUCUAAAAGCGGGAAUGUGAUUCACACAAAAACAUUACAUUUUUUCCUAUUUGGCACUGACGUGGCAGUUUUGGCAUUCGCAAAACCAUCCGUACUUUGUGCUAGACGCCCCCCUUUGCCAUCAGAACUCGAGUCCGGUGACGCAACUACCACUAAAGCCUCGGAUAUGUUGUAAUUUAGAAACGGGGUUUUGUGACGUGCGUGUUGCCUACCUCCGCCGAAUGAAGGAGUUAAAAAGUGUCACAUGGCCGACCAAAAGUCAUAAGCCACCGUACAUAACAAAUACGGUCAGCCUAAUGGUGGAAAAGUAAGUCCUCGUCAGUUUACACAUAUAAAAUCUCAAGAAGGGGUCAAAAUGACCCCCUCGGUCCUUCUAGGUAUAAGUAGUAAUAUCUCCGAAAGUUCAUGUCGCAGAGACCUCCUAUACUGCGUCCAAGCGUCUUUCGGUAGUACAUGAAAAGUCGGAAAGUGAUGGAUCGAUCAAAAAAAUAAUUCGUUGUUCCUUUGGCAAUAAAAAAUCAAAAGGGGUCAUUUUGACCCCUCCGGUCCUUCUAGUGUUAAUUUCACCAUGAAAAAUCAGAAGGGACGGGCCAAACGCCGCCGGCAGGCCAAGCUAGGCCCGCUCCCUGCCGAACCGAGUUGCCGGUGGAGCAAAGCGGAGCUGGCAACUUGGUUUGGCGGAAGAGCGGGCCUAGCUUGUUUACUCUCCAAUCGAUUUGAAGUCGAUACGUACUGCAAGUACUUUUAUGAUUACACAUUGUAGUUUUACAACUUGCGUCAAGGAAAAUUUUCCUGUAAACCUACUUCUAUUUUUCACAGUGGUGUGAUAAACUCUUUAUCGCCUAAACGAUGAGAGAUAAGACAAACGAAUGAGGUUUUAUCGUUGUUUAAGUUAACAAACUACGGUGAAACAAUGACAAUCCCUUUUUUGAUCCUUUUAACAGAGAACGGUUCGCCUCAAAGCUACGCCGAAGUUUAAGAAACAUGUUGCAGACGUUAUCGAAGAUAUGGUCACCUGGGGAUGGAUUUCUUCGUAAU